UCUCUCUCUCAGUGGCAAUCAACAAUAUAUCAACUAGCGGAAGAGAUUGAGGGUGGGCGGGUCUUUAGCUGACUUAUUGAGUAAGAAGAAGAAGAAGAAGAGAGGAGGGCAACACCUGGAGCGGAGAUGGCUCGGAAGAAGGUUCAGGAGAUUGUUUCCACCACUCCAGUGGUUGUCUUCAGCAAGACAUACUGUGGGUACUGCAAGAGGGUGAAGCAGCUGUUCACACAGCUCCGGGCAGUUGCAAAAAUCAUAGAGCUUGAUGAGGAAAGUGAUGGGGGAGAGAUGCAGUCAGCUCUGGCAGAGUGGACUGGGCAGAGGACUGUGCCGAAUGUGUUCAUCGGUGGAAAGCACAUUGGCGGCUCUGAUGUUGUGAUGGAGAAGCACCAGUCAGGAACACUGGUGCCACUUCUCACGGAGGCAGGUGCAAUUGCAAAUAAUUCAGCUCAACUUCACGUCGUGUGAACUCUCCCGGAAUUAUGCCAUGGUCGUAAACAGAUCAGAACACACCAAAAAAAAGAGGAAAAAAAAAAAAGGAAGAAUAAGAAUAAAGAUGGGUGUCCAUAUCCAGAGACUACAUGUUGUUGUCUUAACAUAGUAAUGGCUGCUGUAUCUGCUUAUGUAUAUUACGUUUUCUUCUUUCAAUGAA